AUGAUUUCCAACCUGAUAAUAUGGAGUCUCUUCGUCGGCCUUGCAUUUACUCCUGCUCCUGCUUUUUCCGCCACGUUUAAAACAAUAAGGGUCCCUCUUUCCAUUGCCCCAAUUGUGGGUGUUCCUCGACCGGAUUUUAAAGAUGCAGAAGUAGCCCGACCAGAAAACGUAGAACUUUAUGCCAAAGCUACAAUCUAUGAUGAUUUGACCUUAUCAACAAUACAUGACUUGGCAAGAAUCCUCAGUUCAUCAAUGUCUAGUGUAAUAAGCAAUGUUUUCGUGCUGGAAGAACGAGGUUUACUGCUUAUUGAUGAUUUGGCUGCUUACAACUGUACUAAAUGGUGUCUGGAUCUACAGAUAAGCGAAAUCAAGAGAGUCACUGGAAAAACCAUGGAGAAUCUGAAAGGAAAUCCUGAUACUAUCACAGUGCUGGAGAUGCAUAAUUUGAUUGUUCAAACACUGGAAGAUAUUUACUGCUUUAAUAUGACUGUAAUUGAACAAAGACUCAACAUGUCCUCCACGAUUCUUUUGGAAGACCAAUGGGCAUUGUUCGUACAAGAAAUUGUAAAGAAAGCAGUUCAAUGUAGGGCUAAUACUUUUGGUGUUUCUGUGUCAGAAAUGGCCGAGCUUCUUCAUACGGACAUGGCUACGUUAUACGGCUACACACUUGAUAAUUUGACCAACACUUUCUUUCCGAACUUUGUAUUACUUCAAGCUCGUAAGAACCUGUUUGAAACAAGGUCACUUGAUACUGCUUAUGUCGUCGCAGGAUUAACUCAAGCCCAAGGCGUAGCUGAAGCAAUGUUGUCUUUUGCUGGUGGUUCUUCGAUUAAUUUCAAUCUUCGUGAUCUGGAAAUUCUGUAUGAUUGGCAGAAGCCUCAACUGUUUGCUAUUGAAAAUAUACCAUUGUCAAGCUACUUAUCUCAGUGCUCUGUCACAACAUCAAACUCGUUGCUUGCUGUAUCUAAACUGUUGUUUGGGCAAGGAGCAACAGAGCCGACCUGCAACGUUGCUUACGUUCUAUCAAGAUCUCUGAACGAAGUUGAAGCUAAAUUUAAUGCUCUGACCGCAGUUGAAUUCCGGAAUUCUCUAUACAUCUUUAUAACUGUUACUAAUAUCACAAGGUGGUUCGUUAUGGAUGAUAUUCUUCAGUUGGUUACAAACGAAGGUAUCUGGGUAGAAAUACCAUCAGUAAGUCAUGUUGCAUCUGCAGCAAGUCAAAACACAUCAUUCAUCAAAACCUGCUCUCUUCCUGAAGUAAUUGCAUCGUUAAAGAACUCAAAUGUAACAGGAACACUUGGACCAUUACUGGAAAUCAAUAACCCUACGUUUCGAAAUCUGUUACUUACGACGUAUGGGUAUAGUUAUAAUGAAUUAAUCAGUCUAACAAAGGCACCUUUAUCACAACUAUCUAACUUGUCUGUGGUGGAACUUCAUACUAUAAUACUGGGAGCAUUAAUCGAAAGAUAUUCUAUUUCUAACUUGUCUCUAUUACUUGGUGUACCUGGUGUAGUUGACAUGCACGUAGUUUCAACACUUCCGUCUUUUGAAUGGCCAAGGAUUGUUAUUGCUGUUGUCCAAGCUUCUUUUGCUCAUGCAGCAGAUGCUUUGUCGUUGAACUUGGCCGCUGGUAGUCGUAUUGUAGUGACUAACCAGGCCGACGGGAAUCCAAUAAUUCUGGUCAAUUCUUCGCGUGUCUAUUUCUCACAAAGAGUAAACACAAGCACACUAGCGACGUGUCUGCUUGGACGAAAUGAGACAGAUAUUUAUGCGAUACCAUUGCCAGAGUAUCACACACUAUUUAGGGUAAACAUUAUACCUAUCGUCCAGAGGAAGAUAAUAUUUGAAACCACGCCUUUGGAAAACCUGCUGGCAGCAGAUAACUUAAUUCUCCUGCAAGUCUGGAAUAGAACUGUGGCAGAGGUCGUUUCACAGUACAUAGGUUUAACUGUGCAGCAAUUGGGAUGUCUGUAUGGUUGGAAUCAAGUCUUCCUUGAGUUCAUUACUGAAAUAACCUGGGGGAAUGUCAGUGCGUUCCGACUUUGUAGCGAGUAUGAGAAAUUAGCCCUUCAUCCAAUCUGUGUCCAGCUUUCAACAGCACCAAUUGUGAACUGCUGUAAGUAAACAGUAUUAUUUCACAGUACUUUGUACGUUGUAGAAUUGUAGUGAACCGGUAAAAAUUCUUAAAAAUUCUUGGAAGAAUUCUAUCAUUAACUUGUUUGUUUGGAUGGUGUUGCAUACAUUUAUGCGCACAUGUAUACAUUUAUGCGCAUGAGCGAUGCUCACCAUAUAUUUUUACGUUAUUAAAAAUAAUUUCUCAUGAUCAUUAACCGGACCCUGUGCUAUUCAUAAACAUAUUUAUUAUAUGGUCCCACUUUGAUUGCUUAGUUAACCUGCAGUGCGGACCAACCACUGAUCUCAUGGUCGACCGCUAGAGAAGAAAAACUUAAAUAACUCCUUCCUAGUAAAAUAAUACUAUAAAAAGGCGACCUUCAUAGUAAGUUUGUUCAUGCAAUAUAACUUAGUGUUGUAAAGAACUUAAUUUAUAAACAUUGUUUAUAGCCAUACUGACAGUGUAUAAUAAAUAACAUUUUUGACUGACCUUCUUUGGUCCGAUUAGUAGGAUAAUAUCCUAGCAACAGUUCGAACCUCUUGCUCAGUCAAUAACAUAUAUUUAUAUCUUUAUUUUUUCAAGUUAAAACUAUAAUCUCUUUAUCGUCAAUCACUUACGAUGUCAGAGAAUCGAAUGGGAUCGUUGUUAUAUUUGUUCAAUUGGUUCAUCAUCAAUUUGACGAUGUCAUUCAAGUUAGGUAAGCAAGGCGAUCACGUUUAUAAAAUAUGAAGUGAUACUAUAUAGCAAUGAAAUUGCUGUACUUUGCCUUAAAAAUAGCUAUACUCGAAAACAAGCUUAGCAUUGCUCCGGAUUGCUCAACAGCAGUGGCGUAACUGGAGGGUGUCCAAAGACCCUCAGGCGGGGGCCCCCGGCAAAGACGACCAUAACACUUUUGCUGGGCAAAUUUCCCCGAGUCUUAGUUAUAGAAGGCCCGGAAAUCUGCAACGGGUGGCCCAGAAAAGCAGGAAUUAGUGAAAUUUGGACCCCUUUUUAUUUUAUUGUCAUAAUCCGGAAAAACUAUUUUGAACCCUUUUUUCAAUGCAUAUGUUUCGAUAAAUGUUUCCCCCCCCCCGCUCACCAACUUUUUGGAAAAACAGGGGCCCCGGCCCCACACAGAAAAAUUUAACUGGGGGCCUCCGGAGGUAGCCUUACGCCAGUGCAGUCAACAGAACAUUUCUCAAGAAUAUGAACCUUUCUGAGUUUUAACCGCUUGUUCUAACAAAACAAAGAUCGUUAUAACUACGAAACUAUACAUAUGAAUUCCAAUCCAGCAAUCACUGCAAAUAUUACUGAAAGGCCUUAAUUAAUAUCUGAUUAAAUAAAAUCAUUUAAUUUUUAGUUUAUACACUUCUUCCAUAUCCGCCACUGGUGGUACAGACUUUCAACAAUUAACGCGUACUGUAACAUUCCAAGCUGGAGAAACUGCACAGAAACCAGUAACUAUCAGAAUUCUUGACGAUAAAAUAGCGGAAAAUGAUGAACAAUUUCUUGUAUUUAUUACAAGUUCAGAUUCUGACACGAAAGUGGUAACAUCCAAAGCAACAGUUACUAUUCUGGAUGACGACUGUAAGUGAUAUUUUUAUUUAUUCAAUGGAUGGGCGGGUUUCAUUUUAUGUUGUAACACCGUGUUACUAACAGAUGGUUAUGAACUUAGGCUAAUAUAGUGUGUUGAUAAAUACUGAAAUUUUCCAUUAUGCAUCAGACACAAUGUCUGCCAUGUGUUUAUUUUUAAUCUAUAUUUUUAAGCCUGAUAGUUUCGCUAACUUAGUACCACUGUUACCCAUUGUUACUUUGUUAAGUUUUGAACUAAUGAUUUUAAUAUCGGGCGUCGUUUCUCCAUUGAGAUUUGACAAUGUCCAUUGCUAUUGACUUGACAUCAUUCCAGAUUGUCGUAUUAAUUUGGCAUGUAGUGUCCAUUGUUGGCCAUCAUUACUGUCCAAUAACUUGUUAGGUUACUGUUCAUGUAUUAUUAAAUUACCGUACUUGUUUCCAAUCUACCAUAUGGAUGUCAGGAACAUUGUAUGUCAAGAUACUACAAACCUGUAUUGUAGUAUCUUGACAUACAAUGUUCCUGACAUCCAUAUGGUAGAUUGGAGACAAGUACGGUAAUUUCAGGGUGCGAUAAUUCGCGGAAAUUUGCUAUUCGCGUACUUACAUUUUCCUUCUAGCAAUAACUAGCAAACCUGCCAAAGUAUUCAAAACCGUGAAGAACUUUGGCUGUACAUGUAAAUUCCACGCAUCCAACAUAUUUUGGGAUGAAAAAAGCCAAAAGGUUAUCUUUGCCCUUGAUCAAAAAAUUUAUUGUCAUCGUCCGACUAAAAAAAAUCGCUCCGGUGAGCGAUUUUAAAAUUGUUAUCAUCAAACGCCGAUAAUUUUAUCGUUUUCGUUGUAGUGUGCAUGGACACCAAGAUAAUUUUAUUGACCAAUCAUCGUGUGUUUACAAGUUAUCGUAUAGUUAUCGUUGUGUGGGGUGACCUGGGCUUAAUUGUCAAUGCUAUAUACCAAGGCCUAAAAAAAAUACCUGUGGUUCCGGUUUUCCGACCGACCCUAUUUUUUCUGCCCACCCUAUUAUUUUUUUCAACAAGAUUCACCGUGCAACCCUAUUUUCUCCGAGUGGUUGCGGGCUGCUCGCUCAGCGUGCCAAAAUGGCGUCUGUUACUCUGUUGUCACAAUAAUAACUAUAAUAUUGAUGUCGGGACUCUACUGAAAAUCGCCCAGCAAAAAAACGCCAAAACCAUGAAAAAAAUAUUCAAAAAUUUUUUUAUUUCCGACCUACCUACCCUAAUUUUUUCGCGAUAUGAAACCGGAACCACAGGUUAUUUUUAGGCGGCCCAGGAAAACUACACUAUAUGUUUCUGAGGUCAGACUGUUAGCACCCUCGGUAAAUCCACUGUAAAUGAGCGAUGGCAUUCGAGUCACACCGUCGAGUAAACUAUACGUAUAGGUAUAAGAACGCAUGACUCGGAAGUACUGUAGUCUUAGGUACGCCUUGACUCUUAAGUUUGUACCAGAUCAGGUACGCGGCAAAAGUUGUCGGAGUACCAGUCAGGUACGGCUAAAAAUAUUGAAUUAUCGCACCCUGGUAAUUUAAUAAUACAUGGCAGAUUCCAUACCAAUAUUAAUGCAUUAGAUGUAAUAAAUUAUCCAUACAAUCUUGUUGAAAUCAACAUUUUUGUUUUAAUAGGAAUGCAUUUCUGUUAAUCCAGAAGAUCCCAUCCUAUUACAUGCAAUGUAACAAUCCAUAUUAUAUUUUGACUGUAACAACCAUUUGGUUUCAUCUAGCAGUUAACAUGGCACCAUUCACAUCCCGGCGUUAGAAUUGCAAAACUAUAGAAAAAAUAAUUGGUAGCAUGAGAUAUUAGGUAUCACAGAAUUUUUCUCUACCCCAAUGGAUAGAUCAGUGUUACUUUUUGGCCCAGUGGGCAGAUCAUUGUUACUUUAUGUGUGUGCAUCUUCAGCACAUGGAGAUGCGUGAGCAAUUAGCCUUUUCCCAGUGCAUUCUGGGAUCGUUUGGACGGACAACAUAUAUAGACACAGGCGUCAAAUAUGUGAAAGAGUAGAAGUAUCUACCAUCAAAUAUCACCGUUUUAGACGACCAUAAAUCAAACGUCUCCUUUUAACAUUAAACAUUUAAUUUAAUUAAAUGUGUGCUGCCAUAUUUCUUGUCCCUCCAACAUGGGAUUCGCGCGACUAGAACCAGGACUUUGGGAAAUGGCUAAUACAAAAUCUUGUUUUGACUGCUCCCCUCAUUUAACAAACGUCCCUGUUUAAAAACUGAAAGGUCAUCAAGUUUAGAUUAGUGUCAGAUUAAGAUUGGAUUAGGGUAAGAUUAAGAUUAGAGGUCAGAGGUUAGGGUUAAAUUUCGGUUUCCACUAGAUAGAUGAUUAUCAUCUAUUUGUGCACUUUUGACAAUUGAUGAUAUUCAUCUAUUUAUCCCGGAGACUGUGCUGGGCAGACAGACUACAGGUGAGAAAAUUGUCGUCGCAGACCGAAUUUAUCGCGGACGCUUUCUUUUUGCCAGCACAAAUUGUGAAAACAACGAGAACACAGAUUUCGCUACCCUGUUUCUCUUACUGUAGCAGAGGAAAUAUACUAAAGAAAGCUAGCAGACGUGAACGUUAAUAAAUGUUAAUCAAGACCACAAGAGAAAUUAGAGAAAUGUUUUUCGUGGAAAAAAUUUUGCUGAUCCCACCAUUAAAAAGACAAAAACUUGAUUACCCAACCUCAAAUAUCAAUUAAAAAAUUAAUACCCACCCCUGGCCAAAAACUUUACAAAAGGAUGUCAUUCAGUUCAGUUGUCAUACAAUAAUAUCCUUUACCACUUCUGUUGCAUGAUAACGUUUGAUAACGGCUUGUGAAAUUUUCUGCAGUCUAAAGUUUCAUGUUGUCUGCACAUGUACUUUCUUUGGAGACACCAUUUGUUUCCCAACAAAACGGAAAAUGGUCAAGAUAGUGACUCUGAUUGAUUCACAUAUUGUAUUAACAUAUAUUGAUUGUUGAUCUUGCCUUUUAGUCUCCAAUAUUUCAGCACAGUUAACUGUGAUUUCAGUGAGUCGUGCUUUGGAAAUGUUUAUUACCCUUUGAAAUUUACUACCCCAACCCUUGAGUUAUUUUGUUUUUCAUUUACCCAACCUUUUACUUACUCAAAAUUUUGCUUUCCCAACUCUUUUCUCUUUGGUACCCCCCCCCGCACCAUAAUUAAUAAUUAUCGGUCCCUUACUUGUCGCCCAAUCGGGAAAUUAGCAGUCAAGAAUUCUUCGCUGAAACAUGGCCGAAAAUGACGUUUCUUGCAUAAUGUGUGUUUUCAAUUGGCAAAUAACCUCAAGCAGGAACUUAAUAUUGAUGGAGUAUUAGGGACCGGUCAUUAAUAAUGGGAGGGGGGCGGUGGGCGAGAAUUGCCUGAAUUGGGGGCGGCCUCAGACUGAAAAAUAUAUGACAAGGGGCGACCCCAGUUUUUUAAUACUUUCCUACUCAUUUUCAAUAUCUCGCCUUUAUCGUAUCCCACAAAAUAUUUCACCUUUUUUAGUUCCUAUAAUCGUAGUUUCCAUAGUUUAUUACCUAUAUGCAGUUCACCAUAGGAGUCGGAGUAAAUAAGCCAAAUAACAGAAGAAGUAUUAGUAUUUUUGGUUUGAAUUUCACAUUUUAUUGAAGCUAUCAGACGACAUGUUAAAAGGAAAUUUUUUCUCAGUUUUGUUUUGCACUGAAGAAGAGAAAUCACCACAUGUCAAGAAAAGUGUGCUGCAUCGCUGCACUCGUCAGCAAAUAUACUAUAACAACGUUACUACAAGCCCGUUGCGAACAUAUAUUGUUAAUUAACAAGUCUAACAAGAUGUGAAAUUUUUGCGUGGGCAGUUGACCUGAUACGUUUAUGUUUUUUAAAUCAACCAAGUGGAAGCAUGCAUAUCUUCUUCCCCCGCUUAAAACCCGAGCAGUUUACGCCCAUGCUCAGACAAUUUUCCCACCUGUUGACAGACACAAGAUCGAGAUCUCGACCAUACAUAGAUCGCGGGAAAGACUGGGUCGAGUGGACUCUGGAGAAAUCACCACGUGUCAAGAAUAGUGUGCUGAUUCGCUGCGCUCGGCAGCAAAUACUACAAGCCCGUUACUACAAGCCCGUUGCGAACACAUAUCGUUAAUUAACAAGAUGUGAAAUUUUUGCGUGGGUAGUUGACCUGAUACCAUUCUGUCAGCAAUCACAUCAAAAUACGUUUUUUCGUUUCGUAUAGUCGCUUCCCUCUCAUGGAAAGUUCCAGAGAACUCGGUGCCAGAGAAUAUUGGUCUCGUUACGACUAAACUUGUUUUAAAUGGAGAAAUUGAAAAAAAUAUAUCUGUUGGGUAAGAAUUUUUAUGGCACUCGAAAUGUAAGAAUAAUAAACAAACUUACAAACGUUGAAUCUAGAUGAGCGAGAGAACUGGUAUGAGUAAACUAGAUUUCCCCUUGAGCUUCGGGAAAUGGCGCUAUCAAAGAAAUAAUAGACAUGAUUUAUUAUUUCUAUUAGAAAUAUCUAUUAUUUCUAUGGGCCUAUGUACUAGAUAAAAUUAAACAUGAGCAGCCGAUCUGUAUCUGAUGUACAAACUCGAGCCGAAGGCGAGAGUCUGUAUAUCAGAUACACGUCGGAUGCGAAUGUUUUAUCGUACUUAAAAAAUGACGCAUCUUAUGAGUUAAUUGGUGAAGUAAUUUUAAAAAUAAACUUGUUUAAGCCGAGAAAAUCAAAGCUGAAGUUUAUGUAAAUCAGGACAAAUGUGUAUCCGAUUUACAAACAUUGAUUAAACAUUCAUUUCUUUUCUAUUUUCCUCGUGAAUUUUUAAUGAAUUUUUUAAAUAAAUAUAUUAAAUUAUUAUUAUUAUUAAAUUACACAUGCAUGUAAAAAGACAACAUGACUGAAGAUCAAUUUAGUUGACAGGGUAUAUACAAUCAUAUUAUUAAUUAUACCGCAUGCAGUAUACCAUGCGAAAUGUGGUAAAGCUAGAUAUAACAUUGAAUUAUAUACAAAUAAUGAAUGUUUAUAAUAAUAUAUAAAAUAUUUUCAUGAGGUGAAAGAUGGAAUUUAUUUUUCCAUUCCAGGAGGCGACAGCCUUAUUAUAUAUGUUUAAAAUUUUCUCUUUAGCAUUGGUGUGAACGAUCUUACGACGAGUCCAGCUGAUUACUCAUUACUAACAACAGCAGUUACGUUCACCUCCAGUGAUGUUAGUAACAACAAGUCAGUUCAACUCCUUAUUACCAACGACCAAAUCGUUGAACCAUCAGAAUCUCUAGCACUCACGCUAAAUGCAACUGAUGCCUCAGUCAAUACAACUAGUACAGUGAUCUCAAUUCUAGAUGAUGAUAGUAAGUGUGUUCAUGUAACACAAAGAUCAACUCCAAUGUGUGUUUUAUAAAUCGAAGAGCAUCCCCCCCCUGAUCACUUCACUUUCGUACUUCUUACUACUUGUUCAGUCUUUGUUUUUCACGGCGGCCUAAAAUAAACUCUUCGGAACUUUGUCGAACUAUUUUUAUGGUGGGGAAGCUGUGUGGGAAUUUUUUCCAUGUAUUUCUGCAUAAUCCAUGUAUUUUGCAGGAGUUUUUUUCUUUCCCUAAAUUUUUUUCAAAUUUCAUACUUGGCAUAAAUUUUUUUGGGAUUUACCACCCUCUUGCAGGAUAUUUAAUUAUCCUUCACUAGUGUGUUCGCCUGUGCGUAAACAUGUCUAUGUACAUUUUUGGUGCUGACCAAUGAAAUUCGACGUUCAAAAAUUGAAUGGUGAAUUUCAUUGGUCAAUUAGUCAGGCUCUUAUGAGAUCAUGGUUUACUAGCUCAGGAUCAAGAAGGAAAAAAUUAUCAUCUCUGCCUUUUAUCAUUUUUUUUCUGGCUAAAAUAUCUCCAAAGUGCCGAACUAAUACUGUAUAUAUAGCCUACCAAUGAAAUAUUAGAAUGUUAGGGUUUGUAAUCGCAUCAUUCAAGUCUACCAAUGAAAUAACCAAAUUAAAAUCACAUCAAUUAGAAAUCACAUCAUUCAAGUCUACCAAUGAAAUAACCAAAUUAAACUCUUUUGUUUUUUUAUAUUUGCUCUAUCCAGAUUCAUCCAAACCAUCAUCAUCAGACAAUAACACUGGUGUCAUUAUCGGAAUCGUGGUGGCAUCUGUGGUUGUCUUAGUAACAGCAAUGGUUAUUCUGGGUUGCUUUCUCUAUCGAAGAAAACUUGGAAAGGAGAACACGCGAGACAUUGGUAACAUUCAAAAUAUUGGUAAUAUUCAAAAUAGAUUUAUCAGGAAUGUAGAAAAUACAAGGAAAUAUAUAGUUCUGAAAUACGAUAUGAUAUUAAUAAACAAGAAGCGUAAAUUAAAAAGGCCUGCAGCGGAAAAAUAG